UUCUUUCUAACCCUGAAAGCUUGGGGGCACCUUGUCCGUACGCUGAUCUCGGGGGCGAGCUCCUGUAACGUGUGCGUGCGCGCGAGCGUGUGUGUUGGAGUGUGUGAGAGCGUGCGAAUGUGUGAGUGAAUGAGUGUGUGUGUGUGUGAGUGCGAGUGUGCGUGCCUGCCCACGCGCGUGAGCUUGCUCUGCUGUUGCUGCCCUUUGAUCCCUGCAUUAGUGUUAGUUAGGGGCUCGGAGACACACUUGCACCGAGAGCAGCCAUAGUCAAGACACGGCAACAACAACAGCGGCGCCUCCUCCGCCCGUGCUCCCGUUCCCCCCCUCAACAAUACACUUUAAACCGAGCAAAGCCAGGUGCGCGACCAAGUCCCUGCCAUCACUGGCGCCUCCAGUCUCAAUGGGAAAAAACCUUUUUUCUUCUUAUCCCCAAACAAGGACGAGAAUGUGAUUAUAAGCAGGGGGAAAAUGCCAAGGAGGAAGCAGGAGCAGCCCAAGCGCCUGCCUUCACAUGCGGACACCAGCGAGGAAGGGGGAUCUGAUAGUGGUGCUGUGGAGGAGGAAGGCUGGUUUGGGAAUGCCUCCGACACACGCUCUGACUCGUCGUCUUUCGGAGACACCCAGGAUGAGCUCGUCCUGCACAGAGGCUCCUCUCCUGAAGAACAACCCGGAGUUGGCGUUGGCUCAGGGGAUCAUGAUACCUGUGGAGGUGAGAGCUCACUGGGAUGCCCCACACCCGUCCAUCGUGCCUCUUUGGAACUUCUUGGCCUGGAUAGAGGUACAUUCUCGGCCCAGGACACACUAUCGUCUGUGGUAUCAUCGCUCUAUGGCGAGGCAGCAUCUCGAGCCCUGGGAAAACCGCUCAGCAGCAACCUACGGCGCCUCCUAGAGGCUGGCUCGCUCAAACUUGACUCUGGAGAUGUCCUGGGUCACUCAUCCAGGGGGAGUGCUGGGGGAGAAUCACCUCCAAUUGCUCUUGCUCCACCUUUGACCCUCUCUCCGUCUUCCCAUCAUGCUCAACAGUUAAGUGCUCUUGCCCGAAAACUGGCCAACAACAACAGUGGCUCUGCUUCACCGGCCUCCUUGGCACCCUCAGUCACCAACAUUAAGCAGGAGCCCAUCGACCCCUUUAAUUCUGUUGCCCCCACCAACGGUAGUGGCUUUGUGUGGGCAGGUGUGGCAGAUAAGUGGCCACCAGCCACCUGCUCGACGCCUUGUGGCUCCAGUUUAUCCCCGGACUCUGCAAUCCAGAAGCUAAAAGCAGCAGCUAAUGCCGUACUUCAAGACAAGAACGCCGUUGCUUCCUCCUCAACGACAUCCUCCUCCUCGUCCACCUCUGCCUCUUCUGCAGUGCCCACCUUAGGUGGGGGUGUCCGAGGAGACGAUGUUGUGCGCUUUGAUGCCUUCAACUCUCCGUUUAGUCCGCAGUCAGCGAGCUCUACCCUUGCUGCGCUUUCCAAGAAAGUCAGCGAAAGGAGUCAAGCUUCUUCAACGGCCAGCACCGCUUCGGACCACCAAGCCUCAGCAAGUUCCUUUCUCUCUCUUGUGUCGAUGACCUCUUCUGCUGCCUUGCUAAAGGAGGUGGCAGCUAGAGCAGCAGGAAACCUGCUGGCUGAGAAAAAGGAAGGUUCCCCUUUGGUUCCUGCAGGGGUCCUCCAAGAGGAUGUGAAGCCCCUUUUGGACAAGAACCAGAAAGCAUCCACGCCCUCUACACCCACCCAGAGCCUAGAACUGUUGUUGCCGUCUACUCCAAAAGGCAGAGGCAAACCAAACAACCAAGCAGGUUCUCCUGAGGAUGGUGGCAAACCAUUCCAGUGUCCUGUGUGUGGACUGGUCAUCAAACGCAAGAGCUACUGGAAGAGACACAUGGUCAUUCACACGGGCUUAAAAAGUCAUCAGUGUCCACUGUGUCCCUUCCGCUGUGCUCGCAAAGACAAUCUCAAGUCUCACAUGAAGGUACAUCAGCACCAAGAUCGAGGUGAGACAUUUCAGUGUGAACUUUGUCCCUUCACCUCCUCCCGACACUUCAGCCUGAAGCUUCACAUGCGGUGCCACCAGCACUUCCCCCGCACAGACGUCAAGGUGAAAGAGGAGCUCACCACCGACACAGAAGGCGAGGGCUCCCUGUUGGGUGACAGCGGCACCACGGACCUGAGAGCAGCAGAGCAUUCUCCGUUGCACUCAGAAGCCCAGCAGCAAGCAUCCCCACCAGUUGAUGCUAACUCUAAUCAUGUCCACAUCAAGGAGGAGCCACAGGAGAGAGAUCUAUCCGUGCUCUCGCCCUUUAGCAUCUGCAGGGACCGUACCAUUAGCAGUGCCAACUCCUUGGACCUACCUGGACUACCUGGAGUCGGGGUGAGAUCGAGUCCUAGUGGUCCGACCACAGCCUCCCUCUUCAGCCCUGACAUUACUACCAAAACGGCCACUGACCUGCUAAUGAAGCUUUCAGCCAACCAGAGGGAAACACUCAAGUCUCCCUUCCACCUGAAGGAAGAGCCCAAAGUGGAGGAGGCACUGAGUCCCAGACCGUCCUCGCAGUCUCACAACCAGAUUCAGCCAAGCUUCCCCGCGUCUUUCUGCCAGGAUGGGUCGACUGCAGCAGCGUUAGAGCACCCAGGGUCACUGAAACCAAGAGAGGAGAGCCCCGUGGCUAAGAACAGCUUACUCAGCCAGGAUAUCAGCGUAAAGGUGGCUUCUGAGCUGCUGAUCAAACUUUCAGAGAACAACAAAGAUGCCCAUUUCCAAAAGGUGAAAGUAAAGGCAGAACCAAUGGAAGUGGACCCGCCCCCAGCAGAACUCACCCCACCUGCUUCCCACCUGCUGAACUUCAGCACUUUAGGGGCGAGUGAGAAGAGCGAGCCAGUGAGUAACCUCUCCGAGACGUUGGCCUGCCCCCAGAAAGAUCUCUUCUCCCAAGACAUAUCGGUCAAAAUGGCUUCUGAACUAUUAUUCAAAUUGUCAGAAAAAGUCAGCAAAGCCAACAACCACAAAGACAGCAACAUGGUUGGAAUAAACAGCUCUUUCCUGGACGAAUGCUUCAGACAAUCACCCUUUAACUCGCGCUCCAAGAGCUCUUCCCCCGCGGAGGCCAGCUCCUCUACCAGGGCAGCUUUCCACGACUCAGAGAAAGACGACGGCGAACCGGGAAAUGGAAUCGCCCAAUGGAGACUACACGAGCAGCUCUUCCCCUGUCCCAUCUGUGGCAAGGUGUUCGGUAGACAGCAGACCCUUUCUAGACACCUGUCUCUACACACAGAAGAGAGGAAGUACAAGUGUCACCUGUGUCCUUAUGCAGCCAAGUGCAGGGCUAACCUCAAUCAACACCUGACCAUCCACUCUGUCAAGCUGGUGAAUACAGACGCUGAGCAGAUCGUCAGCGCCGUCACAGCCGACUCCACGGAGCGCAAGAACUGUCCGUACUACUACAGCUGCCAUGUGUGCGGUUUCCAGACCGAGCUGAACGCCCAGUUUGUUAGCCACAUGUCGCUUCAUGUGGACAAGGAGCAGUGGAUGUUCUCGCUCUGCUGCAGCGUCUGUGACUACGUCUGCAUGGAGGAGAGUGACAUGAAGAGCCACAUCAGCACCGGACAUGCAGGUCUGAACUCCAGAAGUCCCCUCAGCGAGACCAAGAGCACCUCAUCGUCCCUCUCGGCCCUCAGCGAUUCGCUCAACAGCUCUGAGGGUGGCGACAUCACCCACGGAAACGAGGAACUCAAGAACCUGCUAGCCCCGCCCUCCUCCGCAGGCAGCCAGGCCAGCUCUGGAAGUCACUCAGGAUCAGGAACUGAGGAUAAAUCAGACAAAGGUUUUGAGUGCGUAUUCUGCAACUUUGUGUGCAAGACCCGCAGCAUGUACGAGCGCCACCUCCAGAUCCACCUCAUCACACGAAUGUUUGAGUGCGACGUUUGCCACAAGUUCCUCAAGACGCCCGAGCAGCUGCUGGAGCACAAGAAGUGCCACACCGUCCCUUCCGGAGGGCUCAAGUGCCCUUUUUGCAUCUACUCCACCAACCGUCCAGCGGCCAUGGAGUGCCACCUGAAGACGCACUGUAAGAUGGAGUACCGCUGCCGCAUCUGCCAGGGACUGUGGCCUGACCAGGCCUCACUGGAGGCGCACAUGCGGGGGCAUCGCCUCGGCAACCACUACAAGUGUGAGCAGUGUGGCUACCUGUCCAAAACAGCCAACAAGCUGAUCGAGCACGUGCGCGUGCACACGGGCGAGCGGCCCUUCCACUGCGACCACUGCUCUUAUAGCUGCAAGCGCAAGGACAACCUCAAUCUGCACAAGAAGCUGAAGCACGCACCGCGCCAGACUUUCGGCUGCCACGAGUGCCCGUUCACCACCACACACCCUUUCGUCUUCAGCCGCCACCUCAAGAAACACCAGAGGGGAGGAAUGGUGAGGCUGGACGGAGGCUUCGAAGGAGGGGGAGGUGGAGAAGAAGAUGAGGAUGAGGAGGCAGGAGGAGAGGAAGGAGCAUCACUGGAGCGUUCUUCUCUCCAGAGGAGCCAGGAGGGCUUCCUGUUCAGUGGGGGAGGCAGCAGCGGGGGGAGUGGGAGUAACAGCCCCCUCAUGAGUCUAACAGCUUCUCAGGCGCUCCAGUCGGUGGCGCUGUCACUCACGCUGGGUACGUCCCACCAGCUGGACCCCGGCAGCCAUCUGUGCAUCAGCACCAAUGGUGGUGACGCCAUCAGAACCUGCGGGGGUGUGAGCAGCGCCAGCUCCUCCCUCUUCCCCCCCUCGUCACGCCACUUGUUGGAGGAAUACAGGAACUGCAGCCCAGCCCACCUGAUCCCCCUCACCACCCUUUUCACCCACAACAGCCGCCCCACAUUCCACUCACACCUUCACCCAAGAUGGCGACCAGCAACGCCUCCUUUCCUCUUCUCCUCCAACCCAGUGUCCCUCUCCUCCUCCUCACCCUCCUCCCACAAACACUCCUUCUUAGCUUACCUGGGACUGAUGGAGAGGGCCAAAACUGUCUGACCUCCCCCCUUUUUCUCCCCCUCUCCCCGUCAGACGGUGGUGUGAAUGACUCGUGACCGCGGGGGCAACGUCUUUUCCAAUCAGACCAGCAGAGGAAGCUGGACCAGACAAACAUAUUCAAGAAAAACUGAAAAAAAUGUUUAUUAAGAGAAAAAUUCUGUACAUGCUAAAAUGCAUUUAUAUCAAAAAGCUGCUUUUCUUAUCAGUUCUAUGGAUUGUUAUUACUACUACAAGUACUACACUCUAUUACCUUUUUGUUUCCGUUUGGAAGCAUCCGAACGGCCCGGACCCAGUCCAGACUAACGUAUCUGAGUUUUAUAGAUAUUUUCUUUAGUCGUUUGACAAGAUAAAACAUUGAAAAAGACAAAACAAACUUUGCAAAUGCUAUAUUUUAGUGCAUUUUUGUCCCUGGCUAGUAUGCAUCACAAUAGCAUGCCCGUUUGAGUGUUUCAGCUAGCUUUGACGUCAUUAGGAAGCUGAAUUCGAGAUGUCCUGAAGUGUUAGCCGUGCAAUGUGGACACAACCAAUGAAAUGGAACGCUGUUCAUCGGAAAGGCCACAUUCCCAAAGUGACGCCUCAGAUCAUGCACUUACUUAUCAACCUUGUACAUAGUUUUGUAGCCCUUGUCCCCUGCUCAUCUUUUUGGAUUUAAGUUUUUUUACGAUGGUAAAAGCGUUGCCGUGUCUGCGUUGCCCUUGACUGAUCUCAGUUGUGUCUCAGAGUCAAAAGUAAGUCUGAUAGAUUUUUGUUAAAAAGCUCGGACAAUAAGCUGUGAUGAUGUAAAUAUCUUCAACCUGAACUAACAUGUGAGCAAAGAUACAUUUAUUAUCAGAUAAUCUAAAGAUAAAUGCAAAGACUCGCCGAUGCUUUUGCACUCGCAGGUGGAGAACGGCAGUGAAAUGUUAAACGGGGAUCCCUAACCCGGCUUCAUGCAGACAAAACUCUCACGUCACAGGGUGGCGAGGAGUCAGGAUGCAUUCGGAUUAGGGUAAUUAGGGUAAAAAAAGAGGGUAGUAAGGAGUUUGUCAUAUUUGUUAUCAAGCAAAGUUUGUCUUUAGUAUUUUCUGUGUCUGUGUUUAAAGUUCACACCGUCAGUGUCUUAGUUUUUCUAAUUACUAAAAACUGAUAUAUUCUGUUAAUUAGCUCCUGUGUAAAGUAUUACACAUUAUUUAUAGAUGAUCCAUAACAGGACUUCAGAUUUUAACCAAAAACGUAGCAAAAAUCUAAUCAUCCAGACUAUAGGGUGCAUGUAACUCCAUUGAAUAUUUACAGUGAUUGCAUCAAGAUCGGGUAAGAAAUUAGAAAUAUUGAUUGUGUGAGAAUUUGAGCAUGAGUAAACAUGGUUCCAAAUCUAGAAAACUAGUAAAUUAGUGGAACAAAUGAGCAUUGUUUACCUGUAAGUAAUGCAGCUGAAGCUCAGGUAAGGAUGGUGAAAUCUCAGCAAUGAUCCAGGUCAACGUUAGCGAUAUUUGCUGUUGUUACGGUAUGAAUGUGCUGUUUUUGGUUCGUAGCAAACACGCUGCAGCUGAGUGGUUGGGGAUCCCUGUUCCAGAUGCUUAAUAUGUGACUUUUAGUUAUUAUUUCUGAGACCAGGUUGAUAUCAGUGCAGCAUUGCAUGCAGAACUCUGUCACGCUCCCAUAUGUAGAAGAGAUCUAUGAGAAACCCGUUUUGUGGAGGUGAGCUGCUCUGGGUCAGCGCGCUGCCCACCGUCAGUCACCACAGGCCGAUUCAAUGGUGCUUUUUGGAGCUUUUUGUAAUUUUUGUGUACAAAAGAAGGAAAAAAAAACUGUUCCAAAAUGACUUGAAUGAAUGUAUUUUUGUUUAUGUACAUGUAAAGAUGCGAUACAGAAGUGUGAACAGGGACAAGGACGUUGUUUGUUCGGUGGCCUUUGUCUUUUUUCAUGUUUUUUGUGUGUUUGACUUUAUUUGUUAAAACUUAGCCCUCUGCAUCACGUAAAACCUUUUCUAACAUUCAUCGAGAAGCUCUGGUAGGUGCAAUGAUGAAGCGAAGCCGUGCAUUUGUACAGUGACACUGGCUUCUGUUAGGCUGCCAGACAUGGUACUGCUUUAGAUUGUUUUCAACUACCCUCUCCCUGUCUGUCAAAUUAUAUUUUAUUUUUUUAAUCGCACUUACUAUUGUUACUCAUUAAGCCAAAAGCACUUCUUUCUUUUUUAAGUACAACCUUCCGUCUACCAAGUUAACCAUAAUGCGAGUGUGCAAUUGUUGCUGGAAAACGACUCGACUUACCCCCCCCCCGCCCUUGAGUUUCUGGUCAUUUCUGACGGUGCAUAAAAGGUCUGCCUCUGUGAAAUCGGAGAAAGUCAAUGAACACAAAUUGCAAGAAUUAGACAGUAGAGGUCAAGCUCCCCUCCUGGGAAUUAAAAGGUCCCAGGCUAAAUUGUUCUAGCCAAUUUUGCACAUUGCUGCACUUUUUGAUAAUGAGAAUAUGUAUUUAUCCAUAAAAUGCUGAUAAAGGACAUUUGUUUUAGUGAGAUCAGGCAGCGUAGUUCAAGAAUGAGUUUAUUUUUUUAUUUUCUAAUAAAGGCUUUACUUGUUUGCGCUUGUGUUCCUAAGUGGUCUUCAAGCCAAAAUCCCUUAUUUUUUGUUGGUAUUUUUAAAAUUUUCUUAUAUUUGCGAGUGGCUGUUGUACUUUUGAUGCACUGUCCUUAAUAAACGUAGGCUGGACAGAGAUCCUGAAUUGUUGAGACCAAAUUCUGACUCGAUACAGGAUGUGAUGUUAGGAUUGAAUCCGUCACGCCCUUGGUAAUUCCCCCCGCCACCGCCUCCUCAUUAACACGGCUGUUUGUUUAAACCUUUUUGAUCUGUUAAUGUCUAGCAUGAUGUGUCUGAAGAGAAAGGAGCAUCCCCCUCCAAACACACUUUCUGGACUAUCUUUGUUAUCUUUUAUACUCUAGUGCCACUUGGUGGAAGGAAACCACCUGAGACUUCUGAGAAUGAGUCAAACUAAUUGUCAGGGUCCAGUAGUUCUAAACAUAAAGAGAAACAAAAAAAAAAAAGAAUGUGUCUGCUCUUUUCUCAAACGUCUGCCUUUUUAAUAAUCAUGAAUGGCUGCACUUGUUUCUGUCCCCCUCAAUAAAUGUUUUAAAAAGGUAACGGGACUCUUAAUCCUUAGGAAAGCAGUGUUCUGGAGCACUUAUCCUGUUUGUUUUACCCAGCUGGAUGCAGCACAAUGACCUUUUCUUUGAGCUUGACUACCUUUUCUGCACUUCAGAGUAUGCAUGAUAUGUUUCUCUCUGGUCCUUUAGCACUUAAUUGUGUUUCAGACCAACUCCCUUGGUUGCAUUUAGUCGGUAUCUCACUGCACUGUCUACAGUCGGUUAGCUUUAAGUUUGGCUGUAUUUUCUGAUUAGAGAAGUGAAAAAAGGCGCAACUCUCUUAACUUUUGGCACUUGGUAAAGAUUGGUAUGUGCUGUACAAAGCUUUUUUUUAUUACUCCAUUGUUAAGGCUGUACAGGGUUGUGACGAUAACUGGUAAAUAGAUCAUUUGUACUUUAUUUUUUGUUUUUUGUACUUGUUUUUCCUUGUUUGGCAUUAUUUUAUGUUCAACUUGCCAGAUCUAAAUGUAACAGGAUUUGAAAGUAAAGCUUACAUAAGAUAUCA